AUGUACUCGCUAAAUAUUGAUGCCUGCUUGGUUAUAUUGAAGUGGCUUUCCAUGCCAGAAAAUUAUUUAGAAGGUCCUAUUCCAGCCGAGUAUUGCAACCUAUCUAGUCUUUCGCUUUUGGACCUUUCCCAAAAUAGAAUUUUUGGUUCCAUACCUUCAUGCAUCAAUCUAUCUCUGAAAUUCUUACAUUUGCAAGGAAAUGAGCUUACAGGAUUGAUGCCAAAUGCUUUAUCCAAAAUUUCCUCCCUUGUUACAUUGGAUGUCAGCGACAACUACUUCUCUGGUAAUAUUCCAAAUUGGAUUGGUACACUUCAAAAUUUAAGGUUUCUUCUCCUCGGAGGAAAUAAUUUGCAAGGUCACAUUCCCAUGCAGUUGUGUCAACUGAAGAGCGUCAGCAUAUUAGAUCUUUCACACAAUAAUCUCUCUGGUCCAAUACCGAUGUGCUUUGGUAAUAUGACAUUCGGGAGGGCAAGAGUAACUGACUUCUCAACUUCGGUUUUCUUUGCAUGCGGUUUCGGUUUCAUUUCAGGCAUUGAUCAGCUGCUUCGAUACCGUAUUGAAGUUAGUUUGCCUGGUAUAGAUGUACGUUUUACAGAUUCUGAGGAAAAAGUGGAGUUCAUAACAAAGCAGAGGUCUGAAACUUACAAGGGGGACAUUCUCUACUUGAUGUCCGGUGUAGAUCUGUCAUGGAACCAGUUAACAGGUGAAAUUCCUCCUGAAAUUGGACAUCUGACUGAUAUUCAUGCAUUGAACUUGUCCCACAAUCAAUUGAGUGGACCAAUUCCAAAAACCUUCUCAAAUCUAAAACAGAUUGAGAGCUUGGACCUUUCUCACAAUAGAUUGAGCGGGGAGAUUCCUCCUCAACUAACUGAGCUCAACUUCUUAUCUGCAUUCAACGUCUCUCACAAUAACUUAUCCGGCGUCCUACCAGACAUGAUGAAGGGGCAGUUUGGCACCUUUGGAGAAACCAGCUAUGAAGGCAAUCCCCUACUCUGUGGACCACCACUGAAGAGUUGCUUCUCCACUUCUCCGCUACCACCUUCAAAGCCAAAAGAGGAGGAAGACAAUUAUGACAUUAUCUUCUACGCAUGCUUUUCGGUGUCAUGUACUGUAUCGUUCUUAGUUUUCAUAGCACUUCUCUACAUCAACCGCUAUUGGGGAGGUCUAUACUUCUAUUUCGUUGAUGCAUGUAUCUAUUCAUGCUAUUAUUUUGCUUUAGACAGCUGCUAUUUUGCUUUAGACAACGUUCGGAAGGUUUUCACCCGACCACGUGCAUUACCUUCAAGUCAGAUCAGUUUCUCCCUGUAA